AUGACCGAUGUACCUCAAAUCACUGAUCUUCACUCCGUUCUGGAGCCACAUUUGAAUGGUGGCAAAUUGAUUUCUUACACCAGCCGUUAUCUCACAAAACCCGGUGAAAACUAUGGUAGUGUUAUGUUGGCUUUAAAUACAAUUAUUGAAAACCCCAAAGGUGAACGUGGAGAGUUGCCUUUGAUAGCCAAAUUGCCACCGGUUACCAAUCAAUUCUUUUGGAAUAUUUUCAAUCCCGAGGCUACUUGUUUAACAGAAAAUUGUGUCUACAAAUAUCUUGGACCUGCCAUACGAUCGCUGCAAUUGGAAGAAGGCUUAGAAGAGUCUCAAAUCUUUGAUGGCUUUGCCAAAUAUUAUGGCAGUCGCAUUUCAUUAAGUCCCGAGAGUGAAAAAGUUGACCGAGAUGCAGUUCUACUGCAGGAAAAUCUACAAAUCUCAGGUUAUAAAGCCAGCAAUCGCCAUGUUAUGUUUAAUUUGGAAGAGACUAAACUGAUCUUAAAGGAAAUGGCCAAAUUUCAUGCUAUGCCCAUAGCUGUCAGGUUGAAGAAACCCGAAUUCUUUGAUAGGUAUGUAAGACCCUGCCUUAAGAGAUUCGAUAUGAAUGCUGGGCUGAGUCCAGAAGAUAAGGAAAGAAUGGAUGAGGAUGUUUUUCAAGAAAUUGCCAUAGCCACCAAUAAUAACAGCAAUUAUGUGGAUCGUUUUAGAAAGCUGUCCGAGUAUUACGAUGAUUACUUUACCAAACCUGAUGUGAAAGAUGAUUUGUAUACCACUACUGCCCAUUCGGAUUUGUGGGUUAGCAAUAUAAUGUUGAAAUAUGAUGAACAGGGCGUUCCUAAUAAAGUGAAGUUCAUUGACUUUCAACUGGUGCAAUAUGAUAGUGCUGCUCACGAUGUCAUACUUUUCCUUUUGACCAGCAUUGAGACGCAGUUAUUGGAGAACCAUCUGGAUGAAUUUCUUCUGUUGUAUUAUAAGGCAUUUAUAGAUUGCUUGAAAUCGGUAAAUGUAUCAACCGAGCAGUAUUCAUUUGUGGGAUUUAUGAAAGAAGUACACAACCACGCACCCGUUCAAAUCUUUCAUGCUGUUUUCCUUACCAAAAUUAUUUUAGCUGACAACAGCACAAUGCCCGACGAUUAUAGAGAUAUUGGUAUGGCUGUUAUAAAUCAAAAUGUUGGCAUAAAAGAAGUUUCCGAAAGAACAGCAGACAUCAUUCGUUUGACUGAAAAAUUCAGACUCUUGUAUCCUAAUUAA